GAGUCACUCCUGAGCAGUCGCUUUCGGAGAAAAGCCUGUCGGUCUCGGUGUCGGUCUCUCUCUCUCUCUCUCUCUCUCUCUCUCUCUGACUGUCUCUCUCUCGGUGAGUGUGUUUUCGGAUUUGCCUGUAACGACUCCGCCGUUGGUAAGCUGUCAGUUCUGCACAGCCGCUGGGAAGUGAACACUUGGACCCCGCCGUUGAAAAGCGAAUGAGGAACCGCUGGAACUCCACUGGACAUCUUUUAAUUCAUUUAGCGGAGUUCAUGCGAGUGCUUUAGCCGUCGGAAAGCGAAUAGUCCGACACCGCCGCUGGAAAAGACACGGAUGUUAGAAGACAAAUAUUCCGACACGGCCACUGAAAGGAGCAGGAAGACCAGUCGGAUUAAUUCACCGGACUCAUCUAGCGUUUACUUUUACACCUGUUUCUCUCUCUCUCUCUCUCUCUCUUUUUUGUUAUUAUUAAUGUCUUGGCAGAAAUCAGAAUACACACGGAGCUUUUGUUUCACAACUCUGCCAGUUUUGGUGAAAUUUCCGCGGUGCAGACAAUGCUGUCUUUUAGCCUCUAAGAGACAUAUUUAUCAUUUUCAUUUGACUUACAGCUAUUUUAAACCUUUUUCCGAUAAGUUGCAUGAUUUGCCUUAAUACGAUCUACACAGUGUCGUUACACUUCGCCUUAUUUAAUUCUGAAUUUGAGCGCAGCGCCAUAGAGGUCAUAUCUGACUGGCAGCUCCCCCCAAAAUGGACCAAAUCGGUCUCCACACGGGGGAAGAGGACCGACCCGGUCUCCACACAGGGGAAGAGGACCGACCCGGUCUCCACACAGGGCCAAAAGACCAACUUGGUCUCCACCCAAAAAAGGAGUGCCGGGGGUCCUCGCAGAGGCUCUCAGUCUUACAGGUCCCAAGAGCAUGUAUAAGUGCCGUGUCUCUUCUCUGGUGCUCAGUUACGUGCUGAACGACUGGUGAACUCGGAGCCGGAAAGCGACAACGACGUUGGAAGACAAAUAAUCGGACACCGCAGAAGAAUGGACCCGUCGGGAUUCAGCUGGAGAGGUGUGAUACCAGAUAGAGAGCUGAUGCUUCUCCAACUGAUUCUCCCACAUCAGACAAAGCUAACCAGUGUGACACUGUGUAUUAUGCAAUCUGAAGAUGUCAAGACAGCAGUCCUGCAGUUGUCAGAGCAACAUCGCCAGAGGUUUCGCUCCUUGAGCCUCAGUGAGGUCGGCGACCUAUUUGCAUUUGCACAACAGCUCCAAGACCACUGUCAGAAGUGGUUGCUGGCUGAAGAUUGUGAUCCCAGAAGGAUUGUGGAGCUUUUGGUAAAGGAGCAGUUUAUCAACCAGCUUCCAGAACAGACCGCCCACUGGGUUCAGCAUCACCAACCAGCAACACCAAACGAGGCCAUCCAAAUGGCAGAGAACCACCUGAUGUCUCUUGUUGUCUCUCCCCUUAACAUCUCCCCAAGCUGGGUACAUUCGGUCAAGAGUGCUGAACAAUACACAAUAGAUCCCUCACACCACACUGAGAUUAUGCAGCUAGAGGAAUCUGAAGAUGUCAAGAGAGCCAUCUCGCAGUUGUCAGAGCAACAUCGCCAGAGGUUUCGCUCCUUGAGCCUCAGUGAGGUCGGCGACCCGUUUACAUUUGUACAACAGCUCCAAUUCCACUGUCAGAAGUGGUUGCUGGCCGAGGAUUGGGACCAUAGCAGGAUUGUGGAGCAGUUGGUAAUAGAGCAGUUUAUCAGCAAGCUUCCAGAAGAGACUGCCCACUGGGUUUGUCAUCACCAACCAGAAACACCAAACGAGGCCAUUCAAUUGGCGGAGAACCACCUGGAGUCUUUCGCUGUCUCUCCCACAGUGGCUGAAGGCGAGGUGUGUGCAUGGGGAUUCUCACAAAUAUCCACUGUGCCAGUCAUGAUCAGUUUCUGGGGACAAAACCAUGUUCAGGCAGUGGUUAGUCCUGCCACGAACCAUCUGCUGAUUUUGGAUACAAAAUUGGCCUGAUUUCCAAGAACUUUUUGUAGAGUUUUUGUAGUGGAUGGAUUACUCAAUUUACAGUUCAUGUCUUUGAUCUGUACUACUGUGAUUCGCCAGCUUCGACGAACACACUUGAUAUCACAGCAUUAUCUGUAAUCUGUAUUUGACUAUGAUUUUCUUGUGUGCAGGCUUUGCCUAUUUUGUUAUUAAGUGGUCUGUAUUUUGUUGGUUCUUCUUAUUAAUAAAACAAAAAUAUUAAUAUGUGAUAGAUUUCUGAAAUCUUCAUGGUGAUGUCUUUAUGUAAAGCAAAGUUUUUAUAUCAUAAUCUAGAGAAGCCUGACUAACUCUUUUUACCAGUGAUGACUGGAAACCAUUUUAAUGACAUGUCUGGGAAUUUGUACACAGUUUUAUUUCCUUUUAUUUCCUUCUGGCAUUGUAAUUCCUUGUGAUGCUCCACAUCAUUUCAUUAUUUAAUUUAUUUAACUUAUUUAACUGUUUUGUGGUUGCAUCAUCUGUGGUGUCCUCAUAGUGGAGCGCAGUCUUUCUUAAAAAAAGAAAAAGAGAAAAUUUGUCUGAAAAAUGUUAAGUGGUGAAAACCAUUAAAUAGUCCAUGUUACAAGAGCCUAUUAUAUAUUUUUAAAUAUUGUAAUAUUUGUCAGUUACAUGAGAUGUAUUUGUGAAUCAGUGCAGUUAUAAGGUGUUAGCAUGCUAAAGCAGCCUCCUGUAAGCACCUGGUUAAAACUUUUCUUCUGUGUCUUGACUGGUGUGUAUCUCUGUGAGUGCAGGAUGACUAUAACAUGCUGAAUUUGUAUGGCUUUUAUUGAGAGCACUUCCAGAAUAAAUAACUGUUGAACCUGCAGUCUGACUCCUCAGUCAU